AUAAAUCGCGUUUUCUUGAUUUUCCAGAAAAUAAAAACCUAAACCCAAAUACUGUAACUCCUCACCAAACCUCCUUUGUUAACUCCUCCAUGUCUUCCCCUUCAAUUUUGAGUCCCCCAUCAACCAAUUCCAUGGCGAUGAUGAGUUUUUUCCUCCAUUCGCCCAAAACCCACAUGGUUAUUUCUCUCCGGGAAGCCAAGACAAGUUUCAGCUCCACCUUUCUCUCUCUUUCUGUCAAUAGAAAACAGAGCAGAAGGUCAUUACAAGUACAAUCAGUUGCAGCUCCCUCAGAAGCAAUUACUGAGUUUGAUGACAUGGUUUCCGGUACCAAGAGGAAAUACUAUAUGUUAGGCGGAAAGGGAGGUGUUGGAAAGACAAGCUGUGCUGCAUCGCUUGCUGUAAAAUUUGCAAACAAUGGUCACCCCACUCUUGUUGUUUCAACAGACCCUGCUCAUUCUUUAAGUGACUCUUUUGCCCAGGAUUUGGCCGGAGGGACACUAGUAGCAGUUGAAGGACCUAAUUCUCCAUUGUAUGCCCUUGAGAUUAACCCUGAGAAGGCUAGGGAGGAAUUUCGCAGUGCAAACCAGAAAAAUGGGGGAAGCGGAAUAAAAGAUUUUAUGGAUGGCAUGGGCCUUGGGAUGAUUGUUGAACAGUUAGGAGAAUUAAAGCUGGGGGAGCUUCUGGACACACCUCCUCCUGGUUUGGAUGAGGCAAUUGCAAUUUCCAAGGUUAUGCAAUUCCUUGAACAAGAACAAUAUAAUGCAUUUACUCGUAUAGUUUUUGAUACUGCCCCAACGGGUCAUACACUACGGCUUUUGUCCUUGCCAGACUUCUUGGAUGCAUCUAUAGGGAAGAUAUUGAAGCUUAAGCAGAAGAUAGCUUCAGCAACUUCGGCCAUCAAAUCCGUCUUUGGACAGGAACAAACCCAGGACGACGCUGCAGAUAAAUUAAAGCGUUUAAGGGAGAGGAUGAUAAAAGUGAGGGAGCUUUUUCGGGACACAGAUUCAACAGAAUUCGUCAUUGUAACUAUCCCCACGGUGAUGGCGGUUAGUGAGUCAUCAAGGUUACGUGCUUCAUUGAAGAAGGAAAAUGUUCCUGUCAAGAGGCUUGUCGUAAAUCAAGUCCUUCCCCCAUCUUCCUCCGACUGCAAAUUUUGUGCAAUGAAAAGGAAGGAUCAGACUCGUGCUCUUGAUAUGAUCCGGAGUGAUCCAGAGCUCUCUGGCUUGACGAUGAUCCAGGCACCCCUUGUUGAUGUAGAGAUCAGAGGUGUUCCAGCUCUUCAGUUCUUAGGAGACAUUGUUUGGAGAUGAAAUCUGCUUGAUGAUGCCAGGUGAUUCAGCAUUAUUGGGUACCACCCAUUUUAUCAUCCAGUGAUGUGUUCUUUCACUUAUUCAGUAAUCCCCAAUCGAUUGGGAAUUACAUUGAUUCUGUUAUUGUUUGUACAUACACUGUUGUUUUCGGAACUUGAAUGUUUAAGCGAAGAAGAAAAAGUGGAGGGAAUGACAGAAUGUCACUGGUUCUAUGUUCCCUCUGAGACUGUCAGGGAGAUGCUGGCCCCACACAACUCGUCGGUGUCUUUAGUAUGCAUGAAACGAGAUCUGCAGAAGUUGUAUACAUUGUUUUGUACAAGUGUUAUCCACACAGGAGGUAAUGGGAUAUUGUGUUUCACCCUUCAUUUUGAAAAGGAAAGGAGGCAAAAAUAGUGCUGCUCGAAACGUGGCCUGUAAUUUUACUUGAUAAUUUGUACUUUUUAUUCCGGCACAGUUAGAUUUUCUGACCGAUGAACGAAUUGGUGAUCUGAGGUUCAGUUUACUUAGAUACAUAAACAAUAAGAUGGACGAGGAGUGAUUGUUUGGCAUGAAUUCAUAAUAGUAUAUGCUUUGUCAUAAUUAUUACA